AUGCUGUCGUUCAUAGCUGAGUACACCAACCUUCCUAAAACGGCUGUGUCUGCCCAGGCCCUGAUGGACUAUUUCUACUGGUACACCUACUUCGCAGAGGUCUACAGCAUUGGCACUAAGUACCUCACCGAGCUGAAGGCCCCAAAGUACGAUCCGGAGUUAUUUUACACUCCCACGACGAGAUCUUACCUGUUUGUGCCCGGCGGGAAAGGGAAUGGGAACAACGUUCUGAAUGGAUCGUAUGUUGAAGCCUCAAGCUCCACUUCAGACAACAUGGCUGGAACUCACGCAAGCUACUAUGCGGCUGGUGGUUUAGCCGGUAUUCUUGCGCUUGCCUUGUUGUAA